GAAUAUCAAAAAAGUGUGGAAAAGCAGCGCAGACAGAGAAGAGCAGAGGAGAGCAGAUAAGCGUGCGCUUGAUGUGCUGCAGUGUGACGUGGAUGGAUGUGGGAUUUCUCCCCUGUUCUCUGUGUGUGGAUGUGAUUGGUGCCCAGAGUUCACCGCUUCACAGACUCACUGCUGCCCUGGAGCCACAGCGCAGGAAUUCACUGACACACACACAUGAAACACUUACUUACACACAUUUCACACAGACGCCACAUGGACAGAUACACUCUCUGGCAUUCUCACUUCAGAGCGAUAACUGCACUUCUGGUUCAAACAGAGUGCUGCAUUCAGCUUUUUGACAGCUUCCAUAUCCAUUUUGACCUUUUUUAGCAGUGUUUUCUUCAAGUUUUUUUGGGACUUGGGGCAAGAAGAUACUUUGGUACUGCUGGGAGAUUUUUGGACUAGUUCUUGCUCGUAUCAUCAGCAUCUUUGAAGUGGUUUGGUUGGCUCGGCAUCAGCAUGCAGGUGUCUUUUGUGUGCACGGACCAUCGAGCCGUCAGCCGGAGCACAGAGGACCGACUGAACCGCCAGAACACCAACAGCCCGAGUUUGGGGACAAAAAGCAAGUUUCGGGCUGUGGCGAUGGUGGCCCGCAGUUUGGGCCAGCUGUCUGUACAGAACAUGCCCUCCGCUGGAGACCACUGCUUGAAAACUGGCAUGAAAUAUAGGAACCUUGGGAAGUCCGGCUUACGGGUAUCAUGUCUAGGGCUGGGCACCUGGGUAACGUUUGGUGGACAAAUCACUGAUGAGAUAGCUGAGCAGCUGAUGACGCUGGCGUAUGAGAACGGCAUCAAUCUGUUUGACACAGCUGAGGUGUACGCGGCAGGGAAGGCUGAAAUGGUCCUCGGCAGUAUCAUCAAGAAGAAAGGAUGGAGACGUUCCAGUUUGGUCAUCACCACAAAGAUAUACUGGGGUGGAAAAGCAGAAACAGAAAGAGGUCUAUCUAGAAAACACAUCAUAGAGGGUCUAAGGGCGUCACUGGAGAGACUUCAGUUAGAAUAUGUGGAUGUAGUGUUUGCUAACAGACCAGACCCCAACACGCCAAUGGAAGGAGAUCCAUUUAACACUUCAAAAUCAAGAACAUUCAUCAUAGAAGAGACGGUUCGAGCGAUGACGCAUGUGAUUAACCAGGGGAUGGCCAUGUAUUGGGGGACGUCCCGUUGGAGCUCCAUGGAGAUUAUGGAAGCGUAUUCAGUGGCUCGACAGUUCAAUCUGAUCCCUCCUGUCUGUGAGCAGGCCGAAUACCACAUGUUUCAGAGAGAGAAGGUGGAAGUACAGCUGCCUGAACUCUUCCAUAAAAUAGGUGUGGGUGCCAUGACGUGGUCUCCACUGGCGUGUGGCAUCAUCUCAGGGAAGUAUGACAGCGGUGUGCCUCCUUGUUCCAGAGCCUCCCUCAAGGGCUACCAGUGGAUGAAGGACAAGAUCCUGAGUGAGGAAGGCCGCCGUCAGCAGGCGAAGCUGAAAGAGUUGCAGGCCAUUGCGGAGCGGCUAGGCUGCACACUGCCUCAGCUGGCCAUCGCCUGGUGUCUGAGGAACGAGGGUGUGAGUUGUGUUCUGCUGGGGGCGUCCAGCACUGAUCAGCUCAUGGAGAACAUUGGAGCAAUUCAGGUUCUUCCAAAAUUAUCGUCCUCGAUUAUACAUGAAGUGGACAGUAUCCUAGGCAACAAGCCCUACAGUAAAAAGGACUAUCGGUCCUAAUAGAAGAGUCAAUGGCACUGUGUCAACCUGCUUCUCUCUCUGAGCUUUGACUGAACUAAACAUUGGCACGCGGGACCAGCAUCGUCACCGGUCCUGCAGGAGACGCCAAACCUCACACUACCUGGAGCCUGAGAAGAGCCUACAGCGCACGGGCAGAGGGAAAGCAUGCUCACGAACAAAUACAGCUCGAACCGGCUCAAUAUGCAGAAUGCUGCUCCAAAAACACCACCAAAAAAAAAACCAUCAAUCGCACUGACUCGCUGCCUCCGACCCUUCCUCCCCUUGUAGUACACACUAAGUGCAGUAUUAGGGAAUACUAGAAAUGCAUGAGAUCCACUGGCCAGUGCACAUGCUUUUUUUUCCUGCGUUCUGGAAGACUAAUAUAUUUGCAAGCUUAAUGGGAAAUAAUAAUGAAAGCGAUGAAGCACUUUAGUUACUGGAUGUAGAAAGUUCAACUAAUCAAGGCUGUUGGAUGUUAUUUAUCUCUAGUUUUAUACGGAAACAUCUCUGAAUCGAUAGCCAAUAUAGUGCUUGUUUACAAGAUCGCAUUUAUAUUGCAAGCUGUAUCGUUUAUGGCUGCUUUUUAGUUAUAGAAAGAGGAAGCCAUUGUAAAUUGUAUGUAAUACUGUUAGUAGAUAGACGUUAGAUUUGGGUUGGGCGAUUGUGGGAAAUAUUAAAGGUAUAGUUUGUUGAAUAAUGAACAUUUUGCUGUUGAUUUAGUUACUCUUUUAGGACAUCCAAGAUGUUGGUGGAUGUUUUUCUUCAGUAGAGCUUUAGAGAAGAUUAGUAGCUGAAACCCUGGUUCUUGUUGAUUCAUAAAAUGCAAGUCGACAGCUAGCACUUUAAGAGUCGAAAAAUAGAGGAGAAGCUAAAUUAAUACCCGCCAUUUAUCCUGAUGAAACAUAGAAGUCUUAUGAAGCAAAAUGAUUGCUUUGUGAAAGAAUACUAAACAUUAUUUACACUGAAAAAUAAUUACUUUUGCUGCUUGUUUGAACUACGUAUUUAAAAUGAGUUGAAACACAAUUCUUAGGGGAUUUUUGGGGGGACAACUUAACUUUUUAUGUUCAAUCCACUUAAAUUUAAACUACGUAUUUAAAAUGAGUUAAAACACAAUUCUUAGGGGAUUUUUGGGGGGACAAGUGAAGUUCCAUAAACUAAUUUUGAGAGGAGCACGUGAUAUGAUUAUGCACGUCUGGCCACUCAUCUGUAAUCAGUUAUAAUCCAAUUGGAAGAAUCCCCCCUUCCACCCCAUCUCCUCCUUUUCCUCCCUUUUCUAAAGAGGGAGCUCUCGAGACCUACCUGAUCUUGGAUCUCCUAAUAUGCUUAUCGACCAGGCGGGAGCCCUGGGCUCAAAUAUCUCCGAGCUCAGGGUUCUCUCCCGGGACAGCAUGCCAAACCUGCUUAAUCCACAUAAAUUUGUUAAAACAAUUAAGUUAACUUAAUCGAUUUGUGUUCAGACAACAUGAAGGAAUUGUGUGGAACCCUGCAUUUUUACAACAAAAUUGCCUUUAAUCUAUAAAUGUUAGUUAAACAGUUUCAGAGUGGUUCUUAAUAAUCUGGAGCAAUUGCAGGGACUGUAGAUUUAUAAACUAGUUCAUUGCUGAUUACAAAUGAUAUGUAAAAUGUAGUAUUGGACACUUUAUUUUACUAGGAUUGUUUUUUUUUUAAAUGUGAACUUUUGGACACAUUUGUGAAUGGGAGUGAAGUGUUUCAUAUUUAAAAGGAGAUUAAUUUUAAACGCCAUCAAAUUAUCAAUCUGUUUUGUAAAAAUUAAUAAUUAUGACUGUCUAAUCCAAAUGGAUAGUCAAUUAUUUAAAAACAUAAACAAUCUGUAGUACAUUUUGUUUUGUUUGUUUACCUGCUAGUCAGGCUGUCCAUAAUCCAACAUCAGAGGACUGCGAACAGUAAUAUUUGUUGUUGAAUAUAUACGUUUGAAUCUCAGGUUGACUUCAAAUAACUUUAGAAAACAUUUUGGAAUCUCUUAUGUCAGCCAAUAUUAUUAAAUAUGAAACAGCCAUAUCAAUACAUGGCCGGGUUUGAUUUUUUAUUUAUUUUUUCAUUUAGGUUUGAAAUAUUUUUGUCCAGAAUCAAUAAUAGAAAAUGUGACAAUUAAUUAGUAAUAUAUUGUUAAACAAAUGAACAGUAAAUUAGACAUGUUUCACUGUAGUUUUGAGAAUAUGUAAUCAUGCAAUUCAUAAAAAGUAACUAUAAUCUACUGUAAUAAUGCACACUUUAAAAUGACUGCAUUUUAAGGGUUUUGUAAAUCUGAUUAUGUAAAUCAUAUUACAUAUAAUCAGUUACUGUUUAAAGGUAUUACCUUAGUUUUGCCUGUAUAUGUUUUCUUGACUCUCAAAAUGCCUGGGUAGCUGUUGACCUGCAUUUGAUGAAUCACAGAGGACCACAGUUUCAGCUAAAAUCGCUCUGCUGAAAACAAAAUAAAAUUUCCCUGCACCUUGAAUAACUAAAUGAACAGCAAAGAUUCAUUGUUGGGUGAAUGACACCUUUAAAUACAUCAAAACAGGCCUCAAAAUGUGCAAUAUCUGAAACUGUUUGUAAACCCAUUUUUCUUUUUACUUAAAUAUUUUCUAAGAAACAAUGUCCUAAAUAUACAUGUUCAUUUGUCAAAGCUUCGUCAGGCUAAAACCAAAGAGAUUUCUGUGUGCUUUGUCCUGUUUUACACACUAACCAUCUCCUUUUGCCCACCUCGUUUUAUUUAAGAUGUUAUUUAAUAGCCAUGUUGCUCAGCGUUUGAUGCAUUGCCUUAUUCUUAUUUAUUUGAACAUGGAAACUUGGGUUCCUAUUUAUUUUAAUGAAUGUCAUUUGUCUCAAUCAUUUUCUUCACUGGAUGUUUUCUGUUGUCAGUGUUGACAGAAAACCGUCUUUUUAAAGGCAUUAUUUUGGUGUUGUUUUUGAUAUUAAGUUUGUAACAGUAAUCGUCGUUCUCGUGUGCUGAAUGUGCUUCAAUACCCCCUUUCUAUUGUUAAUCAAAUGGCGCCCUCUUCCGGCCAGAAAUUCACCACUCCACACACAUGACUGCUGUAAAAUAUACAUCACUACUUCGAGAAAAAUACCCCUAAAAAUAAACGAUUAACACGAUAUUUACUAUGAUAUUUGCAAAACGGCGUAGUCUAUCUUGUCUUCCUAGUGCAAGUUAUUUUUGCAUGAAUUUUUCAUUACUUCAGAUGUGUAUAAAACUGGGAAAUCGUAUAAACAUCUGACAUUUUUAAUCAGCCAAUGACUAGGACAGUGUUACUGUGCUGACAACGGAUUAUUAGAUUAGAUGAAAUGCCUUAUUCAGCGCUAAAUAUCUGAGCUGGCAUCCAUUUAUGUAGCAUGUUUCUUCAGUAUCAAUCCAACAUACUCGUGUAUGCAUUAGGACCUACGCCAUUUUAAAACCAUCAGCGGUAACUGGUGAGCUCAAGGUCAAGAGAAGCUUUGUAGAGUCAUUUGUAUGUUAUAAUUAUAGUUAUUAACGUCAGACCGAAUGCCAAAAUCAAUACAAGCAGAUUAAAUUCUGAACCUCACUCCAAUAUGUAUGGAUUUUACUAAUUUGUGUAGCUUAGUCAAAACAAUUGGCUGCAUGUAUGUAAAUUAAAGGAAUAGUUCACCCAAAAAUUAAAAUGUACUCAAUAUUUACUCACACUUGAAGUGGUUUCAGAAAAAGCUGAAAUACUUUUUGACGAAAGCUGAAAACCUGUAGCCGAACCAUUGGCUUCUGUAGUAGAAGAAAACAAAACAAAUAGGCCCAUGGAAGUCAAUGGUUAGGUUUAUUCAAAAUGUCAUUUGUUUUUUAACACUAAAAAUAACCUAUAAAGGUUUGACAAGUAACGGGUGACUAAAUGAUGAUAAAACAUUAAUUUUUGGGUAAAUCCAUACUUUUUAUUGGAGGAAAAGGUCAAGGCCUAGGCUGGUUGGCUGGUUUUAGCUAGUCAACAGGCUGGUUUUAGAGGGGCUUUGGCCACUUUCAGGCUGGUUUCCAGCCUGGUCUUAGCUGGUCAGGCUGGGAGAUGACCAGCUAAAACCAGCUUGACCAGCCUAGCCAAGCUGGGAGCCCAGCCAAAACCAGCUAUGUCAAGCUUAAACAAGCCUGGACAUUUUCCUGGAAAUGGCUAAAUCCUCUACAACCAGGCUGGUCGACCAGCUAAAACCAUCCAACCAGCUUAGGCUGGUUUAAGCUGUUUUUUUUUCAGUAGGGUAAUGCUUGGUUUCGUAUGACAGUGUUGAUCUGUAGUUGGAAUAUAACAUUUAGUCAAGAGAAAAAUAAACUUGUAAACAUAAAAAGCAGAGAGAUUUUAAUCACAUCUAAGGCUUUCAGAAGUACAGUAGCACUUUAACCAAAGAGUGGAAAAGUAGAAAGAAUUACUUCAGUUGCCUUGAGGGCCAUCGUAAAUGUCCUUAUGUGUGUUUGUUUAAGGCUGCAUCUUUUAAUGUGAAAUGUUAUGGUAAGUUUGGUUCAAAUGUUGUCACUUGGAAGCUAAAUGUCUUUGAAUGAGAAUUACAGCAGUCUAUUAUUGAACACAGCAAGGGAAGAGGUUGUUGAAAGAGUUCAUGCUAAACAUGUAUUUAUAUAAAAACGUCCAAUAAUGUCAAUAGGAGAAACUGUACAGGACCUUCAUCUAAAAUGUUUUGACGCUGAUUUGAAAAGAAUAGACUGUUCGAAUUUCUUAUUAACUAACUGUAAUAUGACCAUUACUGUUAAAAAUAUGAAGUUAUGAUUUCUGUAGAUACAUAAUGGGAUUGUUUGAUAAUAUGUAUAUAAUCUGAUAAUAUAAAUAUACUAUAUUGGUUUUAAUGACCUUAUCACAUUUGCCUUUGUCAUUUUUUUCGGUCAAUUAUUACAUUGCUUAUGACAUUAUGCUUGAAGAAGAAAAAAACAGUGUACAGCUUCAAACAGCUGAAAAUAAAUUAUUCUAAAAUUCUUUAAUUUAGUCUUUGCGUUUGUGCAUGAAACCCAUGAGGAACACAUUUAUUCAUUGCUUAAAGAUGUCCAAAAUAUGAAUAAAGUUUUUACUUUAAAUAUUUA